ACAUGUUCAUCAGUGCUGUAACAUCACGUCCAAUUUGUUCCCAACACUCCUGAGGCUGACGAGCCACGGCCACAUGACCCGCCCGGCCUCCGAGUCCGCCGUUGCCGGGCCCUGAGAAAUCGUGGUGGGAUUGGCAUGCCACAGCAGCGAGUGAUGUGGGCCGGCCAAGCGACAUCCGUGUUUACGCCGUCUCUCCUUCUCUGCUCUGGACUAUGACCACCAUCGACAUCCUGCCCGUCGUCGACAUCCCGCUGCCCGCCAUCCCGGAUGACCUGAGCAUCCCCCAGUUCUUCCUCGAUCGGCGGAGCGCGGUGCCCCGACCGGCUCGCCCUGCGGACGUCCCGUGCUUGAUCGACGACACCACCGGGCGCAAGGUCCUCUUCGACGAGCUGCUCCACCGGUCCCAGGCCCUGGCGAAUGCGCUUGCGACCCUGUAUUCCAUCGGGGAGGACGAUGUCGUGCUGCUCUACGGCAGGAACAACAUCGACUACCCGGUAGCUAUCUGGGCUGCCCACAGGGUCGGCGCCAUCGUGUCGCCGGCAAAUCCCGACUACGCAGCGAACGAGCUCGAAUACCAGCUCAAGGCAGCCAAGGCCAAGCUCAUCAUCAGCCACCCCGAGGCGGUGGACGUCGCGUCGGCUGCGGCUGCAUCUGUUGGGCUGCCGCAGGACAAGAUCCUCGUCUUCGAUAUCCCGGGGCAGGCGCCUGCGCGCGCCUCGCCGUAUGUGUCGCUCGAGUCGCUCAUCCAGCACGGGCUCAAGGAGACGAACGUCGUGGAGCGCGGGCUGCGGCCCGGCGAGGGGAGGACCAAGCUCGCGUUCUUGAGCUUCUCUUCUGGUACUACCGGUACACCGAAAGCGGUCGCUAUCCCGCACUAUGCGGUGAUUGCCAACGUCGUCCAAUUGGGAGCCGCGAACCGACUCAACGAGGACUACGCCAGCUGGAACGACCGGCGAUUCCGCACGGGCGACGUUGCGAUUGGAGUUCUGCCGCUGUAUCAUAUCUACGGUCUAGUCAUCAACCUCCACUUUAUGCUCUACGCAGCCAUGACUGUGGUCAUAAUUUCCCGGUUCAAUUUCGAGAGCAUGCUCAAGAGCAUCGUCAAGUACCGCAUCUCCCACCUCUUCAUCGUUCCUCCGCAGGCCGUGUUGCUCUGCAAGCAUCCGUCAGUCAAGAAUUACGAUCUCGGUAGUGUGCGGGCGCUUAUGACGGGCGCUGCGCCGCUAUCCGACGAGCUGGCUGUGAUGCUGCACAAGCUCUUCCCCGAUGCGCAUAUUGGCCAGGGCUACGGCAUGACGGAGACCAGCACGGCGGUGAGCCUCUGGCCGCUCGACAGCAAGCGCGGGAAAUCAGGAAGCGCCGGGCACCUGUUACCCGGAGUCGUCGCCCGGAUCGUCAAAGAAGACGGGACGUAUGGCGCCCGCGGAGAGGCCGGCGAGCUGGUGGUCAAGUCGCCGUCGAACGCGUUGUGUUACUAUAACAACAAGGAAGCGACGGAGGAGACCUUCCUCGAGGGCGGGUUCGUGCGAACGGGCGACGAGGCCAAGAUCACGGAGGAAGGCGAUCUGUUCAUCAUCGACAGACUGAAGGAAAUAAUGAAGGUCCGCGGGUUCCAGGUUGCGCCGGCCGAGCUCGAGGGCACGCUAUUGCAGCACGCGGACGUCGCGGACACGUGCGUCGUCGGCGUGCCGGAUGAGUUCAGCGGAGAGGUGCCGCUCGCGUUCGUCGUACUCAGCGCGGACGCGGCCAAGCGCGUCGCCGACGGGACGAGCCAGAUAGACGCGAUCCGCGCUUCAAUCAUCAAGUACAUCGCGGACAACAAAAUCGGGUACAAGCACCUCGCGGGUGGAGUGGAGUUCAUCGAUGCCAUCCCGAAGAAUCCGAGCGGGAAACUGCUGAGGCGGGUGUUGAGGGAGAAGGCCAAGGCCAUGCGUGGCACUAUAAAAGCGAGACUCUAGGGAGGACCAUCUAUUAUCUAGGAAUAUUUAUUCGGGCCAUAUGCCCAUCGGUUUUGUCGUCAAUUCAUUGGGAGGCACGUGACUCGGCAAUCGUAUUUCCACGGUUCAGAUUCUGGUAUUUUCUCAGUUUUAGCCUCAAAAUCCAUGCCAGACCAUUGCUGCUCUCUCGCAUAGUCUUCAAUCUUCGAUCCAGGCCAACCAUCUCUACAAUGCGGGACUAGAUGCUGACCUAAUCCCAACUGCGGACAAAUACGAAGCAAUAAGCAUCCGGAGGCUCUAAUCUCCAGAAUUCAGCGGUGUGCUGACGAGAUAUCUUUUGCAUGUGUAGAUUCUGAAUGAUGCGAUUAUAUGAGCAGGAGACGAGUCCCGGGUGCCCUUUGUCACAGGUUUAGUGAAAAAUUACAGCUGGAGCCUGGUACUUGCAUCAUCUACAUGUACAUCUCUGGAAAGCCCAAUAUCAGGGCACGUAGAAAUCCGGAAGGAACGCGGCUGAUACCGGAUCAGACGUUCCAGGCGGCUGAUCAGCACAGCCGCGUCUUUGCUUGACAGCUGCACUUUCUGCUCAGCCGCACGAGAGUGGUUGCAGACCCAUCCAGCAUGUUCUCCGGCCUCUUAUCACUCGCGCAAACACUCCUCUCGAUUGGGGGUCUCGUGUCCGGCCGCCCGUCUGUGUCGAUCCGGAAUGGCACCAUUCUCGGUGUGGAUCUGCCGAAUCUCGGGCAGCACGUGUUCCUUGGGAUCCCGUUCGCGCAGGCGCCCGUCGGCGAGCUGAGACUGCGCGCGCCGCAGCCGAUAUGAGUGCCGCUGCGUGUCAAGUCAAGCACGUGGUCAGGUCAGACUCGUCUCAUCUCAUGCCGCCCACAGUGUGACUCCUCUGGGGGACUUUGACGCUUCGCGCUAUGGCGCGCACUGCUGGGGCGGUGUCUCCGCUGCAUUCGACGACAACAAGGGUUAUGAGAGCUCCGAAGACUGUUUGACGCUGAACGUCGUCCGCCCGUACGUCGCCACGGCUGAGAAGCCCGUGCCUGUCGUUGUUUGGAUUCAUGGCGGCGGUUUUUUCACUGGUGGCAGCGGCGAUUCACGAUAUAACGGAAGCUUCCUCGUCGAAGCCUCGGUGGCAAACGGCAACCCGAUCGUGUUCGUUUCAAUCAACUACCGCCUAUCGUCACUGGGAUUCUUGGCCGGCAGGGCCCUGGCCAGUGAAGGCUCGCUGAAUUUGGGUCUGAGGGACCAACGUCUGGCGCUUCACUGGGUCCAGGAAAAUAUCGCUAGAUUCGGCGGAGAUCCAAAAAAAGUCACCAUCCAAGGCGAAAGGGCUGGCGGGGCGAGCGUCCACGCACACGUAGUGGCCUACUCGGGCCGCGACGACCACCUCUUCCACCAGGCCAUCCCACAGAGCGGCACCUUCGGCCAGAAGCACAGCGCACCCGACGCGCCGCAGAUGCAGGCGACAUACGACAAGCUGCUUUCGAGCACCACGUGCGCGCAAACCGCCGAGCAGGCGAGUGACGUGCAGCUGGCCUGCAUCCGCGCGCUGCCGAUCCAGGAGUUCCGGGAGGCCACGGGUGGUGGGAUGACAGGUUUGGUCGCCGACGGCGAUCUUCUCGACGUCGGGAGCGCAUUGGACGCCUACAAAAAGGGGAAUUGGGUCAAAGUCCCGCAUCUGAUUGGCAGCAACACCGACGAAGGGUGGAGUUUCGGUGCGCGGGGAGCCAAUACCACUGAACAGACAAAAGCUCUCCUGGCCGGGCUGGUUCCCUCGGAACAUCUCGACGCCCUGCUCAGGUUGUAUCCUGACGUACCCGCCCUCGGAUGCCCGUUCAACACUGGGGAUCUGCAGCCGAGCGCUGCCGGGGCGGUGGAUUUCUUCAGUUCUGCCGAGAUGCCGUCUGGGCUGCAGAACAAGCGUGUUGCGGCGAUUGUCGGCGACGUGAUGCUGGCUGCCGGGCCCCGAUGGCUCGCGCAGGUGGCGUCCAGGGAGGUUGCUGUGUUCAAAUAUAGGUUCAACCACGUGCCGUACAGCACGUCGUCGGGUGUGCAGGAUUAUGUCGGCCACUUUGUCGAGGUCCCGUAUGUAUUCAACCUCCAAAACGACGAGACCGCAUUUUGGAAGGAGCACGGCUGCACGGCGACAUACCUCGGCCCAGGGGCACCGACGGGCGAUCGCUCCCUCGGGAUCGCGAUGAGCCGCGCGUGGGCGAGUUUCAUUGCCACCGGGGAUCCCAACGAGGCGAACGUUCCCGGUCAGACGCACUGGCCUCCGUAUUCUGAAGGCGCGCGGAACUUGGUUUGGCAGACACGCGGAUCCGUCGUGGAAAACGAUAAUUAUAGAGAGGAGGGGAUCCAGUUCAUUGUAGAGAAUAUCGUGUUUUAGUAGGAUCAUCCAGGACGCAUGGACGCAGGGCGGCUGCGGCCGAAUUUGACACGUUGGACGAUGUAAACAGGAAAUGAAAUCUCCGAUUUUGUGUAUUGUCGUCUUCUUUCUUUUGCUAGUCUGUCAACGUCACAGUUGACGGGCUGGCGUUGAGUCCUUUCGUGGGUGCUCAAGCGAACAACGGGCGAUUCCAGAGUUUUGUCGCUCCCUCACCAUGCUCCCGCUCCCGUUCUUCGUACUCUCUCUGCUUUCAUGCGCUGCAUCCCUCGCGCUUCCCGAUCUUACCGACACGGCGACUGCGGUGUUGCGCAGCAAACGCUCGUUGCUGGGCUACGUCGUGGACGAGCUCAGCGCAGCGGCGGAGGCUGCUGAUCUGCUGGUUAAACCUGGACCGCAUCCUCAGGGCGACGCGUUCCCAGUCCUCGCGGCAGAUUGCACGGACGUGAUCGUCAUCUAUGCGCGCGGCACGGCCGAGCCGGGUCCCAUCGGGGAGACAGUUGGCCCUGUUUUCCAGAAUCUGCUCCGCCCAGCGCUCGUUGCUGCGGGCAACAAGACGCUGGCUUUUAUUGGCCUUUCCGAGUAUGCGGCGACGUUCCUGGGAUAUUUCGCAGGUGGGGAUGCCAGCGGGAGCAAGGAGAUGGCGCAGAAGCUUGCUGCCGCCGCGACUUUGUGCCCUCGGGCUGCGAUAAUAUCCGCUGGAUACAGCCAAGGGGGCCAACUUGUCCACAAUUCGGCGAAGCUGCUGUCGACCGCGACGGCUGAACACAUCAAGGCGGUUGUAAUCUUUGGUGAUCCAGACGAUGGUCAGCCGGUGCAGGGCAUCCCCAGCAGCGACACGGAUGUGAUUUGCCACCCUGCUGAUGCGGUUUGUAAAUUGGGUCGGGACGGUGUCGUUGGAGCCCCGUUCAUCUUGCUUACGGUGUGGGACCAUCUGAACUACGAGAAGGAUGUGAAAAGUGCUGUGGAAUAUGUCGUUGCGAGAGUGUGAUUUGGGAUCAAUCAUGAUGACGCAGUCCACGGAGUCGACGGGAGCCACAUCAUAACGUGGGAGACAGACCUCUGCUUACAAUGACUUACGGGAAUGAGUCUCGGCGUGCUUAUGGAAUGGCGAUAUCCAGCUUCCGACUUUCCAAUGCAGAUCAGCGCAGCGCAUUACGCGUCCGGCUUGAGGUCCCAGAUAGUGAUCCCUUCUGGCUUACCAAGGACUGAUAGACCGGUAAAUAUCGCCAGCCUCCUAGCCCAGAGGUAACAGAUAUGGACACACCGAGAUUCGCAGAUCGUGCAUCUAGGGGUUCUUGAUACACAUCCGCGCAGAUCCAUCUCGCACGAUUACACUACUGACGAGAUUGCCAGCCCAGCUGCUGUAAGCGUGUGUGCAAACGUCGAACUUGAGUCGCCAUGCGCCGCUUAGAAUUGCUUGUUGUCCAGCGUCCAAGUGGGAGAUCGCUCAGCUUACAAGGAUGCGAAUCUAAUCCACCCUUUAUUUUUAUCCUGUAGCAGGCAUCCCCCUGGCUACAGGGGAAUGAGAGGGGCUUAGACAUAGCAGAUCGAGCUGUGGGACCAUCAGGUCGCACGGCCCACCAGCUGGGCGCACACACCGCAUGGGGAGAUCACAACUCGCUUUCCAGCAGCAGCGGCAGACCCGAGGUAGACCGGCUACGAUCUCAUUUGUGGUUGCAAUCGCAGGUGCUAAAAGUCUACAUAUGCCGGGAGUGUAUUCCAGUGUCCAACUAAUAAACUUGUGAGCGGCUGGCCUGUCAUCCAUUCAACUCUGGCCCUGUGAUGCACAUUUCCAGAAGUCAGUGUUGGUACAGAGUGUACAUCUGGUAUGGUUGGGGGAUGAUAUAUCCGGUCGAUGGAGAGCCGAAGACCACUGUGUCGUUCAAUCCACAAUGGGCUGUCGUCCGAGAAUUGAGUUAAGCACGCUCGGGCGCGAAUGAGAGUGACUCAUCGGAGCACUAUUGCCGAUCAAUGCACAGGUUUGCAGUGAUAAUAGCAAGUCCUGACUAACCCAUCCUAGUCGUGCUUUAAAGUUGACAGUGGCUUCGGAGCCUGCGAGGCGUUACUGAAUGCACAUAGACACACGCCGCCGGAUUAUAGGGCCGAGCGCACAGGGCAGGUAUGCACCCAAGUUCGGGCUCGCACGAUUGCCGACCCGAACCCGGCUGCCAGCACAUGCAUGCACUGAAGACAAUUUCCCGCUUCCGAUGCGCACCUGCAAUCGGUGGUUGUAUGGCCGCUCGAUAGGCUUGGAGACCCAUCUUUGAUGUCCUUGCACUGGUCCAAGUUUGCGCUACUGACGUCUCCGAACAACUUUGAUAGAACCUGGGGGCAGUGUUGGCCGAUGAUCAUAAUGAAUCGUGUCGUGGGCGCGCGCGAGCGGUGAGCGAGCCGGAGCAUGCGAUGCCGCACAGCAUUCGCUAUGGGCUGCUAUGCAUGGUUGCUCGCCGAGUGGCAUGGUCGUCAAGAGAGAGAAAGGCAGACACAGAGAGGGAUCUCGUAAUGGAGGCUACGGACAUGCACGCGGCAACUGGUCCCUGGUACUGCCUUCAGGAGGGCCGCUCGAUGUGUACCAGAGUGACGUCAAGAGAAGAGAAAUGUGAUUGGAUGCUGUUCCGUGCAGGAUAAGCGCGGUCAGCGCGGAUGGACAGGCCGCAGAAUAUAUGGCCAUGACAGAAAUCAACGCGGAGGGUUGCUUAGAGGCGCCGGUGCCAGCGCACAAGAGAGGACGACCACACGGUGCCCCUCAGUCUGUCUGUGCGACUCUCGACUGAUUCGCAUCCUGCGGAUCUGCCACCCCGUCCGAUGAAAUAAUCCCGUUCUCAGAUUUCCGGAUUUCGGUCGCGAGAUCUCGGUCGUCAAGAGACCUGGCCAUGUGUCUCUGCUAGCGCCAGAUCGAGGGGAAACGGAUCCUAGAUAUUCCAUUAUCCAGCGCCGAGGCGCGCCCAGGGAACAGGCACUUCCUUAAUCCAG